ACACCGCACGUCACGGCAACGGCAAUCCUAGAACUAUCUGCCACAUCAGAUUUUUCAAACUUUGUAUACUGUUUCUCAAAAGAAAACGAUGUCAUAGCAAAUUAAGAGUGAAUCGUAAAAUCAACAUCGAAAGUGUUGCCGCCUCCAUGUAGAAGUGACCCCGCUAAAGUCCUCGCCGCUUUACAAACGCCGCAGCAUCCUCAAGACAGUUCUUGGACCAAGUGGAACGAAUCCAAAGAUACACAUAACACUUGUGGAACGCCCACACUUGUCGAAAGAAGAAUUGUAGAUUGCAGCGAAGACGUGUAUCUAAGAUAAGUGUUAGGACGAGGUUGGGAAAGCACAAGCAAAAUGGCACACACUGGCGGGAACCUAUCCGGUAACAUGCAGCCGCCACCGCCUUCCGGAGGCAGGUUCUCCGUGGACAUGCAAAGCCUGCCCUCGCUAUCCAACCUGCCAUCACCGCUGCAGAUCUUCCAAAUGGUCCGAAACUCCCUGCGGCCCUGGGUAGUCUUCUUCAACAUCAACAAUUUCAAAACGGCCAUCAGCAUGCAGCGGCUAAAUAGCCGGGUUAUUCGGAAUCUCUCCUAUUUUCAGGCCAACUACGUUUUCAUCUUUUUUGUACUGAUGAUAUACUGCCUCAUCACGGCUCCCUGCAUUCUGCUGGUCAUCCUGGCUUCCGCUUUUGGCUGCCAUAAGCUGCGCGUGCGCAACAGUAACAUUACCAUCGUGGGACAACAACUGACGCCCAGCCAGCAGAUCAUCGCACUCAAUCUGGCGACGGCACCAGUGCUAUUCCUGGUGGGCGCGGGUGCGGUUUUGUUUUGGACGCUGGGUGCUUCAUGCUUCGUGAUUGCUAUGCAUGCUAUAUUCUACAACAUCGAUGCUAUUGUAACGGAGGAGAAUGAGGGUUUCCUCGCCCAGGUUGUCUGACCGCCAGCCAGAAGCUAAACCCUAGGUCUUCUGGGAUCGUGGCAACCAGGGACGAGGAAAGGGGCUAAACAUAUUCGCCACUAUGGGGCCUUGCAAGUCGACACAAUAUGUUGUACACCUAUUUAUAACGAAAUCUAGUUAAGCCGCAGACUUUAAAUAAUCGAAAUACACACUAUGACAGAUUCAUACGACUAU